GCACACAGCGAGCAAGGAGAAGAAAGAGUGGUUGUCAAAAUUGCUCCCAAUCCUACAUUCCAUUCCUGCCGUUUUCGAAAGAAGGUUUUAGAAUGGCAUCACCAAGGGAAGACAAAACAGCGCUGGUUCCCCAAGACUCCUCGGAUAUCGAAGAGGGAGAGCUGGCUACCGGCCAAACCCACUCAACUGGUACCCGGUCUAGCAAGGCGAAAUGUUGCAGCGGGUGCUGCCCGAUGGCCAAGCGUUACAUCGUCGCUGUACUAAGCUGUAUAGGGUUCUGUAUAUCGUUUGGUAUACGAUGCAACUUGGGCGUGGCUAUCGUGGACAUGGUGAAUAACAACACGGUUACCAUCCACGGGGAGAAAGAAAUACACUUCCGACAAUUUGACUGGAGUCCUCGGAUAGUGGGACUAAUGCAUAGCUCGUUCUUCUGGGGUUACAUCGUAACCCAGGUGCCUGGUGGUUAUCUCGCGUCUAGAUUUCCAGCUAAUAGAAUUUUCUGCACUGCAAUAUUCUUGUCGUCCAUUUUAAAUCUCUUCAUACCGUUAGCUUGUCACGUCCAUUAUUCCAUGGUCAUUUGUAUCCGCGUAUUACAGGGACUAAUCGAGGGUGUCGAGUACCCAGCAUGCCACGGGAUGUGGAGUAAAUGGGCCCCACCACUCGAAAGAAGUAUGCUAGCGACCAUCGCUUUCUCAGGUUCCUAUGCAGGUGCUGUAUUUGGUAUGCCGGUAGCCGGGUUAUUGACAGAGUAUGCUGGUUGGCCUGUUGUCUUCUAUGUAUUUGGUGCCUGUGGUAUAGUGUGGUUCUUCAUUUUCAUGUACUUUAUUUACGAGAGGCCGAGCACCCACCCCACAAUAACCCCCGAAGAGAAGUUGUACAUCGAGGAGAGUAUCGGUGAGAGUAUGGGGAUGUUGCCACAAAAGAGUAAAUCUGGACGCAGCCGCGGUAGAGUCCGAGAUGCGAUAGAAUAUUUCAUGUCUCACUUUCUAGAGACGCCGUGGAGGAGCUUCUUUACGUCACUUCCGGUCUGGGCCAUUAUUGUAGCUAACUUCUGUCGUAGUUGGACGUUCUAUCUUCUACUCACUGGUCAACCCUCCUACUUCGAGCAAGUAUUUCAUUACGAAAUAUCUGAGGUUGGUGUCGUAUCAGCACUACCCCACCUCGUCAUGGCUAUCAUAGUUCCUCUCGGAGGGCAGUUAGCAGAUUUCCUCCGGCGGAACCAACUUAUGUCAACCACCACAGUCAGGAAACUAUUCAAUUGUGGCGGUUUUGGAGGAGAAGCAAUUUUCUUACUAUUCACGGCGUAUGCAAGAGGUAAAGAGAUGGCAAUAUUUUGCAUGUGUAUUGCUGUAGGCUCGAGCGGCUUUGCAAUUUCAGGCUUCAAUGUCAACCAUCUAGACAUAGCACCCAGAUACGCUAGUAUACUAAUGGGUAUAUCCAAUGCAGUAGGGACCUUAGCUGGGAUGAUAUGCCCAGAAGUGACGUCAUCACUAACUGUAAAUAAGUCGGCAGACGAUUGGGAGAAGGUGUUCCUAAUUGCAGCCUGCGUCCAUUUCACCGGUGUGCUAUUCUACGGCAUCUUCGCAUCAGGCGAGAAGCAACCCUGGGCCACCCCAGCAACGAAGCCCGCCCUCACCGAGAUAAACGGCACGGGACCGGGGACAGACAUAGCCGGGAUGGUCCAUAAAGCCAAGGGGUAUGGGGCGUUACAGGAGAGCGCCCUCUCGGGGGAGACGGUGCUGAAUGGGGGUUUCACGCCUCAGAAUAAUGUGUAUCCUGAUAUGAAGAAGGAGUUAGUGCAACCUCAGUCUUCGGAGGAGAGCAGGUACGAAGAAGAUGAGUCUCCUUGAUAGUCUUUAAGAAUUAUUAUAAGAUGUAUACUUGUCUUAAUAAUGGCGUAUUGUAGUGGGGUCCCUCUCUGGUUAAAGUGCUGAAUUAACAAACAAUUUUUAAUGGUUCAACUUUUUGCAAAAAAAAAAAUCUAUAUAUCAAAAUACUUAACACCGAAAUAGAGUCAGUGAGCAAUACAAAUUAUUUGUUGGUUUUACCCUUUUACACCGAUGUGUGUUAACAUUUUAUACCCAGUACUUUCCCGAGCUGAGUGAAAACAAAAAAUCACAGGCAUAUUACUCGGGUGGGAUUCGAACCCAACGCCCCCGCCAUUCGAGAUCAGUGUCUCACCAACGAGCCACCGAGGUUGCUCAGUAGCUUAAGGCAGUUCGAAUCCUAUAUUAAGCAGCGUGUUUAAAGACACUGGACACUUUUGGUAAUUGUCAAAGA